CUGCCCCUCCAGCAUACGCAGCCGCUCUACGGCUCGGGGAGGCCGCACGACCUGCAGCACCAGCAGCACCUGCAGCAGCCGCUGCUGCAGCAGCAGCCGCUGCAGCAGCAGCACCCAGUCUACGGGCAGCCAAUGCACCCGCCUCCCAUCGACAUGCAUCAGCAGCAGCUACAGCCGCUGCAGCUACAGCAGCAGCAGCAGCAGGUGCUGCAGCAGCAGCAGCAGCCGCCUGCUCCUGCUGCUCCUCCAAAGUUCCGCAUACGGCUUCCCAUGCAGCCCUCGCAAUAG